CCCGAUCGGCCCGAUCUUUGCGAGCUCUGACCAUGUGCGCAUAGUCUAUUUUGGGCAGCUGCGUUAAUUUCUUUCAAAGCGAGUUCCUUGGAGCACGUGUAUUGCUGCGACGCUCGUCGCGCAUAAAGUAAACAUGUAUCUGCAGAGGAUCAGUCGUAGUUUGAGAACUAAGACACCUGCUCUGCUCGCGUGUCGGCGUGAAAGCUCAAAUGCACAUCCAGAAGAUGUGAUGGUGCAGCAAUAUUUACCAAUGCCCCGUGCUGACCCCGAGGCAUACAGGGACCGCUGGGCGUCCGAGUCAUCGGAGAAGUACACCACGGUUGAGGAAGUGCCUGGGCACUGGCAAUAUGUGGAGCGCCUGAUCCCUCCGGCCACAGUGCCUGAACCUCCAAGGCAUACGGGCCGAACCCCAUCUGGCUGGCAGCCACCGCACCCCGAGGCUCCCAAUCUUCCUUAUUUCGUGUCACGGACGCGCAACCACAUGCUUCCCGUCUACCUCAGGAAAGAGAUACGUGGGCCACGGUUCAUCACGCAGGUGAAGAAGGUCGAAGGAGAUCUUUGGGCGCUUCACAAUGAGCUGAAGGAACACCUCGAGAGCUUGACUGGUACAGAAGUACUCUCGCAAGUGCACGAACUGGGCUCCUAUGUGGGCUACAAGGGUGCCUUUGUGGACGAGCCUGCUGGUAGCGGCAGCACAAGGUUAGGUUUGAAGGUGAAUGAACUUGAAAGCAAUGGCGAUGGUGAUGAUGGCCAUGAGGAGAGCGAAUACCGAUGUCCAUAUAGAGACAUGUCGGACGAGCUGUACUCGAAUGAGACCCCAUUCCUGAAGCUCGAUGCCCGUGUUGCAUUUGAGGGACUCAGCGAUCGGGAGAAGAGGUACGCUCACUACCUCAGCCGAGCGGCCUGGUUUGGUGGACUCAUCGUGCUCUUUCAGACGUCGCGGGAAAGCCCGCUCAUCUUCCUGUUGCUGGAGCGCCUGUUCCGGGCGCAAGACUUGGAUUCACUCAAGGCUCUGGCUUUGGAAAAAGCCGGCUUCGACGAGGAAGAAUUCAAGGCCCUGCUUGUGUACGCUGCUGCAUUCUACUCCAACAUGGGAAACUACAAGGGCUUCGGCGACAACAAGUUCAUUCCGGGAGUGGCGAAGGACAAGCUGGACAAGCUGUUGAGGCUGAGCAAGGCUUGGGAGGCGGAACCUGCAACGCUGGAGCACCUCUGGUCCGAUGUGUCUGAUCCGCUGUACUCACUCCGCGACUCCGAGAAGCAUCUCGGAUUCCCGCCCAAGGCAACCACCACCUACUUUUCAAAAAACUGCACGGAAAAGGAUGCACUUCUCGUGUCCAACUUCCUGAAGCAAAAGGGUAUUGAAGGCUACAUCACGAGGCUAUUCAAGAACCAGGCUGCUGAGGCAGGCGACCAGGAUUGCUACGAGAUUCGCUAUGCAUCUGUGCUGUCUACAGAGGACAAGGAAAGCGCAAAGUUACUGGUGUGUGAUGUGGUGGACAAUAGCCGGGUCACCUUCACUCGGGGCGACUACUCUCCACUGCUCAAGCUCACCGUGGACAACCUUCGGCGUGCUCAGGAGAAUGCGGCUGACGACACCCAGCGGCAGAUGCUGGGCAAGUACAUUGAGAGCUUCACGGUGGGCAGCCUGGAUGCCCACAAGGACGGCUCCCGCUUCUGGAUUCGUGACAAGGGGCCCAACGUAGAGUCGUACAUAGGAUUCAUAGAGACAUACAGGGAUCCAGCUGGCAUUCGCGGUGAAUUUGAAGGCUUUGUCGCCAUGGUGAACCGGCCGCAGAGCGAGAAGUUUGGCAAGCUGGUGGAACAGGCAGAGUCCUUGCUGCAGCUGCUGCCAUGGCCAAAAAGCUUUGAGAAGGACCGCUUCCUGCGGCCCGACUUUACCUCGCUUGACGUCCUCACUUUCGCUGGGAGCGGGAUACCCGCGGGCAUCAACAUUCCAAACUAUGAUGACAUUCGACAAAAUGAGGGCUUCAAGAACGUCUCACUGGGCAAUGUCAUCAACGCUGACGACAAAUCAUCCAAGGCCAACUUUAUGACAGUGAAUGACAAUGAGCUCUUCAACAGGCUGAAAAAUCAGGCCUUCGAGGUGCAAGUGGGCCUACACGAGCUUCUCGGCCAUGGCAGCGGCAAGCUGCUGGUGCGACACAAGGACGGCACCUUCAACUACGACCACGACAACGUGCGGAUGCCCCACGUUGGCUUGGGACCUGACCCCGAAGCCAAGGUGACGAGCUGGUACAAGGAUGGCGAGACGUACGACUCUGUCUUCGGGUCCCUGGGGUCAUCCUAUGAGGAGUGCCGGGCAGAGUGUGUUGGGCUGUAUCUCUGCACUGUUGAAGAUGUGCUGAAACUGUUUGGCUUUGAGGGUGACGUAGGCCAGGACGUGGCGUACGUCAACUGGCUCACCAUGGUGGUUAAGGGGGUCGAGGGCAUGCAGACCUACAACCCACACACCAAGUCCUGGCUUCAGGCCCACUCGCGAGCCCGGUUUGUGAUUAUGCGUGUGCUCCUGGAGGCGGGUGACCUUGUGGAGAUCCGAGAAACGACCGGUGAGGACGGCAAGCCAGACCUGCUCAUAACCGUUGACCGGACCAAGAUUGUCUCCUUCGGCCGCCCCUGCAUUGAGCAGUUCCUCCUCAAGCUACAGCUGUACAAGUCAACGGCCAAUCUGCGUGAGGCCACGGAGAUGUACGAUCGGUACUCCGAAGUGAGUGACAGUGGCCGCUACCCCUUCCUCAAAUACUGGGACAUUGUCAUGGCUCGCAAGAAGCCUCGACGCAUUUUCGUUCAGGGCAACACUGUUCUCAACGGCGACAAAGUGGAGCUCAAGGAGUAUGAUGCCUCUCCUGAAGGUCACCUUCACUCGUGGCUCGAACGUUUUGACGCAAGCACAACCAAAGAACUCGACCGGAUCGUGCUCGACCUGUGGAAGAAAGACAAGGACCACUUCUGAAGCGACCGCAUGUAGAGCCAUCAACGCCUUCUGCUUCAUCACACUGCCUACGAGAGGUGCAUGACAGGGCUUUUACAGUUGCUUGUGCGUGAGACAAUUAAUAAACAAUUGUUUUGUACAUUUGAAAAUAAA